CAUUUUAAAAUGAGUUAGAAAAUAAACGAAAAAAACACAUUUUCCAGCCAAAAUGUUGUGGUUCAGAUUGGUGUGCUUAAUAAUUCUAGGAACUGCGUGUGCUCCUUUAGCUAAAAGUGAAGGGGCUACCUGCUAUAAGAACAUCGGCUGUUUCUUUAACGAAUAUCCUUACUACUCGUCUGCUCGUAAAGUUCCACUUCCGGACAACGACAUUCAACCAAGUUUUAUCUUGUAUACACGGAAUGUGACAAAGCCAGGCCUGCCUAUUGCUGUUGAAGACAUCGACGAUUUAGAAGUCUUGUGGCUAAAUCUAAAGAACAGGUCAACUCAAAUCUUGAUUCAUGACUUCACGCACAUCAGAAACAAAUCUUACACGGAUGAGCACAGUUGGAUGCAUGAGAUGAAAGACGAGCUACUGAAACACGGAGACUACAACGUGAUUCUGGUCGACUGGUCUAAGUCCACCGUCCUGCCCUUCUCCAGAGCAGUUUCAAACUCCAGGGUGGUAGCUGCGUACAUUGCCAAGCUAGUCAAACAACUCCUGGAUGAGAUAGAAAUACCAGCCUCCGAUAUCCACCUGAUUGGCCACGGUCUAGGCGCACAUAUCGCUGGGUAUGUUGGUAAAAGAUUCCAGAAGGACAAAAUUGGCAGGAUCACAGGUUUAGAUCCCAGCUCGCCGUUGUUUGAACUGGAACCUUCACAAGUCAGGCUGGACAAAGAUGACGCUGAGUUGGUCGAUGUGAUACACACAUCAAUGGCAACAGAUGAUACAUUUGAUAUUGGCAUCAAAAUCCCUGUUGGCCAUAUGGAUUUCUACCCAAACAGGGGCUACCUACAGCCGGGCUGUGAACCACGGCACAACGUGAAGCAGAAUGUUCAUGAUAUUGAUCUGCUUGUCAACAGCUACAAUAGCUGCAGCCACGACUUUGCCGUCAAGAUCUUCACAGAGAGCAUCAACAGUCCGUGCUAUUUCCUCAGCUUCCCAUGUAAUUUUCUUGGUGACCAUUUGGAAUCUGACUGCCACGACUGUGGUGCCGAAGGCUGUGCUGUAAUGGGUUUAAACGCACACACCAGCAAACCUUUGAUCAGUGACAAUGUGACGUAUGUUGUGAAGACAGAUGGCAAGAGCCCGCUAUGUUUAAUCCAUUUAGACCUGGAUGUCUUGGUUGGCACCAACAACCCAUUCUACAUACACAACUCCAACCUGAUUCUUAUUGCCAACGGGACAAACUUGACAGAAAUGAUACACAUCAACAAGGACCCAAUGACGCUGGUCCGUGAAGGCCUCCUCAAUUACACGCUUGAGCUGCCCAGCUCUAUUGGGUACCCGUUCAACAUCUCUCUCCAGUGGACCGUGACGGAGACGGCCAUGGACAGCAACAGCACGACCCCAGAGCCCAUCAACACCCUGACCAUUGACACGGUCAGGAUCUCGUCUGAGCCGGCUGGAAACGUUGCGAGAUUCUGCAUACAAGAAGACUUUUUGACGUUGAUCAAAGAUAUUCCGGUAACCAUUGACAACCCAUGCAGUAGAACUUAGCUAUCCAAAGGAUCCAGCUGAAUACUACGGCUAAUUAGUGAAGAAAUAAACUGAAUUUCUAUUAAAACUUCAUACGAUGUUAUGCUUUAUGUUUAUUAACCAAACAAUUAAUUUACAGCAGUUCUCUUACGUAUGUCCAUCGAAAAUAUGUAAACAAAAAAGAAGAAACUGCUUUUGUCAUCUAAACAUUCCACCAUACGCAUAGAAAACCAACUUGUAUUUAGUUUCCCAAUGAUGGUUAUCAAAUUACUAUCUUUAAAAUGACGUGGAAAACAAAUUGAGCAAUGACAGAUAAGUGGUCACUAUCGUAUCACGUGACAGUAGAUAUCAGAGAUAGAUGAAGGGGCCUCCACUCCUGGUCGGGUUGCAGCCCCUACACUGCUAAGGUUGAUCAAGGGCUCUUCUAUGUAUCAAUGUACAAUCACUUUUUUUUUUCAAAAAACAUAUCCUGCAUUAAUGAAUAUUGAUCUUUAUUUCUUUUUCUGUCUUUAGUUAUUAAAAUAUCUUUAUUAACUUUAGUUUUCAGUUUAAUUGAAAAAAAAAAUGAAUCCAAUACGUUUUAUUUUCUAAAAUAUUAUUUUUAAACUGACCACAUGUUUUUCA